AAUCAUCAGCAAUCAUACCGCUUGUUCUGCGCCUCAGAUCUGCGCCGGACCGAUCGUAACGGUCCUCAGCGGGUCCGAGGAAAUCGACCAAUUUAAGCCCCAGCACUACCACGCCACCAGCACCACACCGCGCCCACUUUCUCUUGCUUUCCUACAUAUCUCGCAUGAUCUCUCGUUUAAGCGUUUAUCAAAAUUAUGGGCUCGACGCAAUUUGGGAAGUUCCACGACUUCUGUCGAGAUUCUACAUUACCAGUCUGCAACCUUUUCGUUGACAAAAACCAACCCCCUAACAAUGCAUUCGGCGGUUGCCCGCUCACGGGUAUUACGCUUAGUGGUAAUCGAAAUCUGGGAAAUCUAGGCUCUAUCUUACUUGCCUUCAUUGCCAUCCUAACAUCGUUUUUGCUGCUAUGGAGGUCUGAGCGAAAACAGGCAGCAGUGGGGAGAAGAGAGAUACAACUGUUCUUGCUCGGCUUCAUAGUUAUCGAAAUCUGCGAAAUUUUUAGCGUUGGUGCUUUCCCUCUGGACGCAGCGGUCCGGAAAGGAUUUUCUGCAGCGCACAUCGCCGCGAUCACCGCUACAUGUUGGGUGCUAUUGUUGAACGCCUUGGUGGGCUACCAAUUUCUCGAUGAUGGCACGCCUGCGUCGCUCGGUCUCAUCUCAGCGUCCGCUUUGGUAUUCUUCAUUGGCACUGGCUAUAUUGCUUUGGAUACAGGAUUCAACUGGACCGGCGAGUUCAAGCCUGACCCGUCAACCGAGUACCGAAACAUUGCUCUCUAUGUGCUCUACCAACUUUUCCCACUCGUUUGUCUGGUGGUAUUCUUCGUUUUGGAGGCCGUGUUGGUGAUCCGGAUACUAGGCGAGUCCCGUCCAAUGCUUUACUUAUCUGGUGCUGGCUUGCUCUUCGCUAUCGGCCAGAUUUUCGAAUAUGUCAUCAGCACCCACCUCUGUCAGGCCACGAACGGGAAGAUCAACGGUGCAUUGUUCGAGACUCUGUUCACCCUCCUAUCAGUAGUUAUGAUAUGGGUCUUUUGGAGCAGUAUCACCGAAGACGACUGGCCCAUGCCAACGGGACCACCCGGCGGAUACAACUAGACGAUUCAUCUACUUGUUCGUUCCCUACUUCAGACCAAGCUUUCGUCUUACCUUGACCCAUAUUACUCUACGACGAUCCUUGCCCGACUAUAGUACUGAAACUA